GGAGCCCAGUGGAGGCGCCCUCCCAAGGCCCCACUGCCCAUGCUGACGACCCAGCCCUCCGGCUGCCGAUGUCAUGAGUAACACUACAGUGCCCAAUGCCCCCCAGGCCAACAGCGACUCCAUGGUAAUGUAUGUCCAGAAGAAAAAGCGAGUGGACCGGCUUCGCCAUCACCUGCUCCCCAUGUACAGCUACGACCCUGCAGAGGAGCUGCAUGAGGCUGAGCAGGAGCUGCUCUCGGAUGUGGGGGACCCCAAGGUGGUACACGGCUGGCAGAGUGGCUACCAGCACAAGCGGAUGCCCCUGCUGGACGUCAAGACCUGACCUCACCCCCACCCCCCUGCUCUCCAGAACCAUGGCACUUGGGAGUGCUCUGGGGGCCUGCGGUGUCCUUCCCCACUUGCACUCACCCAGCUCCCCCUACUGGGAACUGGGUCUCCUCUACUCUCAUCCAUCCAGGCUGCACCUCGCUCCCCCUGCCCAGGCCUUCAAUCCUUGGUGGGCUGAGCCUUCCACCCAUUUCCCCCCACCAGGCUAAUCCAAGUUUUUCCUGCCCGGUUGGAAGGGUGGUUGGGAGACUUUUUUCCUAGGCCCCACCUUUCUCUUGAGCCCUCCCCAACCUGGCUUUGGAUUUGUUUCCAUGGUGACAGGGCCUAAUGUAUAGUAUUCAGUAUAUAUAUUUUGUAAAUAAACUGUUUUGUGGCUAGG